AUCCUCUGAUUUUCUUCAGCCGGCGUUUCUCCUCUGCUGGCCGGCUUCCUCCCAGCCGUGGAGUUCUAACGGCGAUUGGCCGUCCCUGCUCCCAUGGCCGGCGCUUGGCCUUCUGCUCGCCGCGGAUGCGCGCUAACUGCGAGGUCUUCUCCCUCCUCCUGCGCGCGCUCACUGCUCUCUGGUACCCCGCCGUCGGCUUCUGCUCCAAUUCCAGUCCCCAACGCCAGCCGCCGCCCCUGGGUUCUUCAAAAAAAAUCUGCCGCCACCGCUAAUGGAAAAAGAUCCAGCCGCCCUCUGCUCUGAUUUUCUUGCCGCCGUUCUGUUGAUCUUUUGGGCGCGCGGUGCUUAUCUCCCAGCACGCCGUGCCCAGCCUCCCUUCUCCUUCCACGCAACCAUCCACACGUGGUUGUCCUCACGAACACCGUUUCACACUAUCACCCUAUCUUCAUCGUCCGUAGUAUCGUCGUCGGGAUGUCUUAGCUGCAACACCCGCGCCCUUGACCGUAUCCAAAGCUCUAUAUUGGAUUCGUCAGCGUGCUACUCGCCCACUGGCUCCUUGACGUUCUCGAUUCCGUCGUCAUUCCGUGCGUCGUCAAGAAAUCCCAAGAGUCGUGUGAAGACGGAGCCAACAGCAUGGUGUUCACCAAGUGCCCGACAAAAAGCUCGAACUGGUCGUCAAUUAUCUCGACAACAACCACAUCCAAGACUCCACCGUUCCAAUAAUUUUGUCUCAUCGCCCUUCAAAUCCGAGUCCUCGUCCGUAGGAUCGUCGUUGACCUUGCAACUUCAGCUCGAGUUAAUUAUGGUAAGUUGAUUUAUUAUUCCCAUCAACUAAAUAAAUGAUAGGAUUAAAUAGAAGAAUUGAUUGCGAUGAUUCUCUUGUUUAUUACUCGAUGUAGAGAUUAAGUUGAAUUUUAGGGUUGUGCGAUAAGUAUAUUGGUAGAUAUAUAUAUAUAAUACACGGGUUAACCGGUAAAUUAGUUUAGAAAGUUAAUAAAAGUUCUUCUAUCAAAUUUUAUAAGUAUUAGAU